AUGAUGGCUAAAUCAAGCACGUCUGUACGGUUUCAGAGCAGUUCCACAACGCUUCGGCUGCAAUUAUGUGUGCUCAUACCAGUUGUUCUCUUGAUACUAGUCGCAUUAGCCCUGAUAAUCUUCCCGCACUCCUCGAACAGUAUCGUAAAACAAGGCUUAUCCUCAUCGUCAUCAUUAUCUGUAGCACAUCCGUCAAUUGAACACAAUCACUCACAUCACAGACAUCAUCAUUCAGGCAGUUAUAAUCGAUCAUCUCUAGGAUCUGUUAUUCAUUUGCAACCCUCAAAGACGACGAAUUCCAACAAAUAUAUACGUUUACCGUCCAGUCAUCGACCAGUUCUCUAUACGUUAAAACUACAAGUAUUUUUACCGUAUCGAGAUGUGCUGAAUUUCGGUCAUUUGAAUUUCACGACAAAUGGUGAGUUGAGAAUUGAUUUUGAGUGCCGAGAGUCGACUGAUCGAGUGGUAUUGAAUGGGAAAAACUUGAGCAUAAAGACAUCAUCGAUUCUGUUGCUCGACAAUACGAAUCGAUCGAUUGCCGUUUCUGAGAUCAACGCGUUCCGAUAUGAAGCGGACGAUGUUUAUGCGAUCGAAUUUCGAUUUGACUCAAUGCUGAUUCGAGAUAAUCACUAUGUGCUAUUCAUCAACUAUCGUGGCUAUAUUGGUGAUGUUUGGAGUGGUGGAUUGUAUAAAGCUGUUUAUGAGGUCAAUGACGAACUUCGAACUUUGGCAACAACACAACUGCAGCCAACCGAUGCGAGUCGUAUGUUGCCGUGUUUCGAUGAGCCCGAAAUGAAGUCCUCUUUUCUCAUCACCGUUAUACACCCAACUGGUACCACAACGAUAUCGAAUUCACCCGCAAGACGAGUUCGUCACAUGAAUGAGGCAGAAUCAAAUUCUAUGGUGAAUCUGGUUGCAGAUGUACUUGCGGUUCCGGAGUUGCGCGUGUUGGCAAUGGAAAACUGGGGUUUAAUAGUGGUACGUCAGAAGUACAUUGUCUAUAAUCCACGACUGAAUAGUCUUCGUGAACGUCGUGUGGUCACCGAUGUUCUGGCACAUGAAGUGGCUCAUAUGUGGUUCGGUAAUUUGGUCACCAUGCGAUGGUGGAAUGACUUGUGGCUAAAUGAGGGAUUCGCUUCUAUGAUGGCACCGAAAGCUGCCGAUCAUGCCGAGAAUUCAACACUUCGCACUAGUCAAUAUUUUACGGCCGAUGUGGCACUGAAGGCGCUAUCGAAAGAUCAACACGCCAGAUCAACACAACCACUGAGUCUGAAGAAGAAUAGUGAUCGAAUUCAUGGACAGGACAGCAAGAUUCUUUACAAUAAAGGUGCUACAGUGCUCCGUAUGGUCGAAUCAACGCUAGGUGAAGACGUCUUUCGACGUGGUCUAAAUCCGUAUCUGCGAAAAUUUGCCUACGCAAACGCUGAUAAGGAUGAAUUCUUGGAAACCUUCGGCGCUAUGUUCAACGAAAGUGUCCAUCGAAAGGAUGCGUUCGUUUCGUCGAAUUUCGGCGUAUUCGAGUUCAUCGACUCAUGGAUUUAUCAACCUGGAUUCCCACUUCUUAAGGUACGUCGUAUACGAGGCCAUUUCGAGAUCUCACAAAGUAUAUUCGAUCUGGAUGAAAGUGCAGAUCUAGCGCAUUUACAGUGGAAAGUACCGAUAUUCACUGAACAUGGCGAUAAACGUGGUGUUAUUUGGUUGAAGGAAAAUGAAACUGUGCUUAUUGAAAACCACAGACGACCGUUUGUGAUCGAUUUUGAUUCGCAUGGUUAUUAUCGAAUUGAUUAUGAUGAGGAGACGUGGAAUGAUAUCAUUGAGUUGUUGCUAACAAGACAUGAGGAAUUACCCGUUUCUACACGGCUGAAACUGCUCGGUUGGUUGUGCUGA